UUUUUUUUUUUUUAUUUCCUCCAAUCCCCCUUUUUCUUUUUUCCUUUUUUCUUUUUAUAUACAUAAACGAUGGCUUUUGAAGGACGUGGUGGACGUGGUGGUGCUUCUCGUGGUGGCGGCCGUGGUGGCGGCCGUGGUGGUGCCCGUGGAGGUCGCGGUGGUGCUCGUGGUGGCCGUGGAGGCGCUCGUGGAGGUGCUGCUGGUGGAUCCAAAGUUAUCAUCGAACCUCAUCGUCAUGAAGGUAUCUUCAUUGCCCGCGGAAAGGAAGAUUUGUUGGUAACCAAGAACUUGGUUCCUGGUGAAUCUGUAUAUGGUGAAAAACGUAUUUCUGUGGAUGGUCCUGAAAACACCAAGAUUGAAUAUCGUGUAUGGAAUCCUUUCCGUUCCAAGAUUGCUGCUGCUGUUUUGGGUGGUAUUGAUCAUUUACAUAUUGCUCCUGGAAAGAAGGUUUUAUAUUUGGGUGCUGCUUCCGGUACUUCCGUCUCCCAUGUUGCUGAUGUGGUUGGUCCUACUGGUGCUGUUUAUGGUGUUGAAUUCUCUCAUCGUUCCGGUCGUGAUUUGAUCAAUAUGGCCAAGAAACGUACUAAUGUUGUACCUAUUAUUGAAGAUGCUCGUCACCCUCACAAAUAUCGUAUGCUUGUUCCUAUGGUGGAUGUUAUCUUUGCUGAUGUUGCCCAACCUGAUCAAGCUCGUAUUAUCACUCUCAAUGCUCAUCACUUCUUGAAGAACAAUGGUCAUAUUGUUAUCUCUAUUAAGGCUUCUUGUAUCGAUUCAACUGUGGAUGCUGCUACUGUGUUUGCUCGUGAAGUCAAGAAACUUCAAGAAGAACGUGUCAAGCCUCAAGAACAAUUGACUUUGGAACCUUAUGAAAGAGAUCAUGCUGUGGUUGUUGGUCGAUACGUCCGAAACAAGUAGAAAUAAAAAUUCUUAGUAUAGAAUCCCCAUUUUAUUUGUUUUAUUUUAGCAUUAUUUGAAGUCUCAUUAUUUUCAUUAUCUUUUUUUUUUUUUUAUCACAUUUUACUAUUAC